CUUCCACUACCGGGUCACACUCCGCAAACGGGUCACGUCCGUUCUACAGGUGAAGUCCUUAAAGGGGCGACGCCAGCUUUGCUUACUACCUCUAAUCUACACACCCCGCGUUCCCCUUGAGAUUUGCUCUAGUGAUAGCGGCAGAUCCUGAGCUAAGCAACAGCAAAUCUUCAUCUUAUUGAGGCUGAGGUGCGCACACCACACCACCUAAAGAGAGGUGCAAAUGGGGCGUUGAUAAUGCAGAUUAAUAAGAAGUGGCUGUACCAUAGUGAUAGAGCAUAUGCUUGGCACACAGAAAUUGCCACGUUCGAUCUCCAGCCAAAGGAUCAGAUAGUAAGUAACAGCAAAGAUCUCUACCUGAAAUUCGUGAGAGCUACUGCCAGUAGAAAUAAUACUGGACCAGAUAGACCAGUGGCUUGAAUUUUAAGCAGCUUCAUAUGUUCAUAAGGAGUAAAGCUGGAUGUGCACAAAGCAGACGUGAUUUUUGCCUCAUGAUGUCUCUAAACAUUCAGCCUCAAUACUAGUCAAUACUGGAAUACCCCGCUAUACGGACCUUCACUUAACGUACACUCGCUUUUAUGGACAUACUCCACCAUGCCCCUGUUUACGUACACUUGCUUCACACUUAUGGACACUUAACGGUGCGUGGGGGUGGAAAUAGACGCGGUCGCGCCACCGCAAAUCAGCUGAGAGGCGCGGCAGCGCAGCAGCAGAGGCUUUAGCAUGGGGCUUUGAGGCUCUGCAUGAAGGAGAGGUAAAAAAAGUUUUAAAAGGUAGUGCUUCACUUUAAGGACAUUUUCGGUUUACAUACUCGCUUUGGUCCCAUUGAGUACAUUAAUGCGAGGUAUUCCUGUAUACAAUUUUAAAGUUGCUGUUCUUAAACAACUUUACAUAUGCAAAUGUACAGUGGCUAGAGACUCCGCCCUUCUGGAACAAGUGGCAAUUCUCUGGUGUUUUACUAUUAGGAUGACAAGUUCAGAUGUCCGAAACUGAAAGAUAAGGCUGCCUCUGUGGUAUGUGAGUACCAUAAACAUGCUAACCUAUGGCUGGAAAAUUUCUAGGAUUUGACUAAUCCAUCAGUUUCUGUUUUUCUCACCUGGAAACAAUGUUCCAAUUUUACAAUAUGACAAAGGCCCUUGGGGCUGAAGAAUGAGCUUUUCCUGCAUUAGGCUCAGUAAGAUCUGCUUCCUGCUCUCAGUUAUCUUUUGUGCAGUUCUCCUCUUGCUAAUCCCCAAAUUCCAGGCCAGUUGGAAACCUAGAAGUUUUCCACAGCCACGUCCACCACUUCUUUUUAAUGGUUCCAGCAAGAGUGACAUCCCUCUGCAGCAGGUGGAGUCCAGCUCGAUUGACCAUUUGGAUGAUGAGACUAACAAUAUAGUGCACAUGGUGAAAGAUGAACUGGUAGAAACAUUGAGUCAUUAUAUCGUAAGCACUGGGAGAUCCAGUCUGAAGGCUAACUGGAAGAUAAAUGAGAGCUCAAUUAAUCCAUCACACAAUAUGAGGAAAGAUCAUGUAGAUAUUGCUGGAGUCUCUGCUAAGGAAAAACUGGAGUUGAAGGAUAUCUUUAUUGCUGUGAAAACAACAAGGAAGUACCAUAAAACAAGGCUAAACUUGCUCUUCCAGACCUGGAUUUCUCAGGCUGAGGGACAGACAUUUAUAUUCACAGACUGGGAGGAUCGGGAGCUACGUCUCAGAGCAGGGGACCAUGUAAUCAAUACCAACUGCUCAGCUGUUCACACUCGCCAAGCUCUCUGCUGCAAGAUGUCAGUGGAAUAUGAUAAAUUCCUAGAGUCUGGGCGAAAGUGGUUUUGUCAUGUGGAUGAUGAUAAUUAUGUGAAUCUGCAGAAUCUCCUGCAUCUCCUCUCUGCUUUUUCACACAGCCAAGAUGUGUACGUAGGGAGACCAAGUCUGGACCAUCCCAUUGAGGCAGCAGACCAUAUUCGGAAUGAUGGAUCAACCACUGCGAAAUUUUGGUUUGCCACAGGCGGUGCAGGGUUCUGUAUCAGCAGAGGUCUUGCCCUCAAGAUGAGCCCCUGGGCUAGGUAUGUGCAGCUCGGUCACUUUGCUCUGCCCUCUGCUGCCUUAGUAGAAUCUAGGAGGGUUUCAUUCCCUGUUUUCUUGUCUUUGGACAGCCUGGGAAGCUUCAUCAGCACUGCAGAGAGAAUUCGUCUCCCUGAUGACUGCACCAUUGGUUAUAUCAUUGAGGGGCUGUUGGAAGUGAAACUGUUGCACAGUCCCUUGUUCCACUCCCAUCUGGAAAACCUGCAGCGGCUGCAUGGCGAAGCUGUACUUAAACAGGUUACAUUGAGUUAUGGUGGUCCCGAGAACAAACGUAAUGUUGUAAGUGUGGAUGAAGUAUUCACUGUGCAGCAAGAUCCAACUCGAUUCAGAUCUGUCCAUUGUCUCCUCUACCCUGACACCUUGUGGUGCCCUGCUCUAAUGAUGAACUGACAUCUGCCCUAACUUUCACAUGUAUCUCCCAUUGGUCCUUUUCUUUGAAUGAGCAGCCAAGGUCAAAGCAAGUUCCCACGUGCACCAGCCACUAUUGUAAAUGGUCUUUGGGAAUAUCUUUACCUUUGAAGCACAUCAUAACCCAUAGCUGCAAGCCUCUUCUUACUUCUCUUUCAAUUGCAUAUAUGUCAUGUUAGCCAACCCUAAUUCCUAUUGUAUGCAUUUGUACAACCUCAGGCGUGCUACAGUCUGGCAUUGUAGCAGUAUAGUUGAGGGCUAAUCUUUCUGUUAGUAUGCUUGGAGCAAAACACAUAGCUUCCUUAUGAGACUACACAUAGGAAAACAAGAGUUUUGAUUUGGGAAAAUAGUGUAAUCAAGAAGUUGUAGCCUGUUGUUUAUUCUGCCUUAGCAUCUGUAUCCUUGUGGGACCACAUUGGAAAUGCUAGAGAUUGCUUGCCCAGUAGUGCAUAUGAGAUAGAUGUUAUAUCAGUGUUUACAGAACACACAUUCCCAGAUCUAGCCUGCUCUUGUGUUUUUUGUUAUAGCAGAGCCUCUUGCCCUUAUGGCUGUUUAACAUCUGUCUGACAUGUACUGAAUAUCGCUCUUGCCUUUACUGAAAAAGGCAUCCAUACACAAGUCCUCCACUGUGACCUUCAUGUCCCAAACUUAUUUUGUCUUGAAUAUACCAUGUCCUGACCACUAAUUAAUGUAAAAUAAUUGAAACUGAAGUUUAUGUUGGCUGGACCACCAUAUGAUUCUUACGUUUUGUAUUGUAGUUGGUCUCCUUAUCCUGAUGCAUCCCACAAUCAACAUGGAUAUAUGAAGAAAUAACUUUUGUUAACUCA